ACGCAUUAAACAGGAAGUGUAUUUGAAGUAAUAAACUCGGGCUUCACUGUCUCCGAAUCUGCAUUGAAGAAAACACGACAGUCCAACUGGCAGAGUUUGAUAUAAAUCAGGACAGGACUUACAAUGAUUGAUCUCACGCCUCUGUCAGUCACCUGGACCCUGGUGGCACUUGUCAUAACUCUCUUGUUUAUUUAUGGUGUUUGGCCACAUGGAUUUUUCAACAAGCUGGGUAUUGCAGGACCAAGGCCUUUGCCUUUCAUUGGCACAUUUUUUUCAUACACUAAAGGUAUUUGCAAUUUUGAUAUGGAGUGUACUAAGAAAUAUGGAAAAAUGUGGGGGAUCUUUGAUGGAAGGCUCCCAGUUCUAAUGGUCACUGACCUGGAAAUGAUCAAAGCGAUUAUGGUGAAAGAGUGUUAUUCUACAUUCACCAACAGAAGGGAUACAAAUGCAGAACUGGCUGGUCCCUUUGCUGAUGGAAUAACUAUAGUUAAAGAUGAGAAAUGGAAGAGAAUUCGUGGUUCACUCUCUCCAUAUUUUACAAGUGGCCGACUUAAGGAGAUAUUUCCUUUAGCUGAUACACAUGCAGAACGUUUUAUUCAAAAUAUGAAAAAGAGAGACCAAGAGCAACCAGUUAAAAUAAAAGACGCUGUCGCAGCAUACAGUUUGGAUGUUGUCACCAGCUCUUCCUUUAGCGUUGACAUCGACUCCAUAAACAAUCCAGAGGACCCUUUUGUUAUCAAUAUCAAGAAGUUUUUCCAGUUUAAUUUGUUCAGUCCUCUCUUCCUGCUAUUUACUCUCUUUCCCUUUACAGCAAAGCUUUUGGGCAAAAUUGGUAUAAGUCUUUUUUCAAGGUCGUCUAUGAAUUAUUUUUACAGUGUUUUGAGAAAAAUAAAGGACAACCACAGCAAGGAAUCAAAUGGGCGGAUAGACUUCCUGCAGCUCAUGAUCAAGGGUCAAAUAUCUGACAGUCAAGCUGAAAACACUACUGAUGACCAGCCAGUAAAAGGUCUGACAGACCAUGAGAUCCUCUCCCAGUCCUUCAUUUUCAUCCUCGGAGGUUAUGAGACUACAAGCACCACUCUCACUUUCCUCCUCUAUAAUCUUGCAACUAAUCCAGACUGCCUGCAAAAGCUGGUUGAAGAGAUUGAUGCAAACUUUCCCUCUAAUACUCCUGUCACAUAUGAUGCUUUAAUGAAAAUGGAUUACUUGGAAAUGGCCAUCAACGAAUCAAUGCGUCUCCUUCCCACUGCUCCACGUUUAGAGAGGGUCUGUAAGAAGACUGUGGAGCUCAAUGGGGUAACCAUACCGAAGAACACUCUGGUUGGAAUUCCCACAUAUGUUUUAAACCGUGACCCGCAGCUCUGGGAGUCCCCGGAUGAAUUCAGGCCGGAGAGGUUCAGCCCCGAGAGUCGGUCAGCGGUCAACCAGUAUGCUUUUAUGCCUUUUGGACUUGGGCCCCGAAAUUGCAUUGGAAUGAGAUUUGCCCUAAUGAUUAUGAAACUUCUUGUUGUGAAGCUGCUUCAGAACUUCACUGUGGAAACAUGUAAAGAGACACAGAUCCCUCUAGAGUUGAAUGCCAUUUUUCAGCCAAAGGUUCCCAUCACACUGAAGUUCAUACCAAGAUCUCACAGGGACAGAGAAAAAUAAUUUAAACUAAAACAAAACAGGAAUAAAUACAAUUUGAUUUCAAUGUAAUUAUAUAGAAAACAUCAUUUGUAAUCACAAAGGCUUCAAAGUUAUGUAGUGUAGAAUUAACUAGAUCAUACGUAAUAAUACUUUAUUUUUAUGUUUAUAUUGUACACCAUUUUUAGGUGAGCCAUUGUAAUACUCAGUGGUAUGAUUGAUGUCACUUGUAGUGUGACCAUUUGUCUGUUCAUUUAUUUUGUACUUUUUGAUAUUAAUAAAUUCAUUAAAACACGUU